GAAGAUGUAAAGAUGGCGACAAAUGUGCAUACAAACACAAUCCAGCUCGUGUUGCAGUAUGUAAAUCAUGGCUAAGAAGUGAUGGGUGUAAGUUGGGGGAGAAAUGCCUAUUGCAGCACAAGGAAUCCCCUCAUGUAGUCCCUUAUUGUCGCCACUUCAAUCAUGGGCUAUGCAUCAAUCCUAAAUGCCAUUAUACUCACGUGCACGUAAACUUCAAAGCCCCCUAUUGCCCAAACUUCGAUAAAGAUAAAUAUUGUCCAAAGGGGGAGGAAUGUAAAUUGAAACAUGAAUGGCGUCUCGCCAACUUUGAUGAAGACGAGACAGAACAAACAAAUGCCUCAUCAUCUGAUAGCAAUGAGCUUGGAAAACGCAAACGAGAGGAUGACUUGAAGAGAAAAGUUAGAAUCAAACAACCCGGAGAAGAGAUAGACCCAUUCAAAGCGCAAUUCGAUUAUAUCUCAUUAGAUUACUCUACUGAGCCUAAGUGA